ACGUCUUCUCCUGUUUUUCUGAUUGUCUGACCUGGGCAUAGGCUUCUUCCAUCCCCUUUCACUGCAGCUGUUUUGGGUGGCGAGAAGCGUGCGUCGUCAGACGCAGUCGGCGCGUACCUUGCGAGCGCUCCCGUCGCUACAGCGUCCCACGGCCGGGAGAGACACUCUGUGGCGGACUACCAGCACAGCUUCGCCGUCGCCGAGGCCAGGGCGAGCAUGUCGCAGCCGCCUGGCAACAGAGGGAGAGGCGGACCUGCCGCUGGGAACGGACCAGGUGAGUCAGGGGGAUGGGACAACAGCACGGUCUGCAUCACAGAGCAGCUGGUGCAUGUCAGUCAGCCGUGCAUGUCUGGAUAUAUGGAUGAUGAUAUGAUGCAAGGAAGGCUGUCUCGUCAGUCACAGACUGUCUGUGCCUCAUUCCUCUGCCUCUCUCUGUGUGGCUUGGUGUGAGUCGAUGCCUGCAGGAAGGGGAGGUACGUGGAAUGGGCCGCCGAGAGGGCCGCUGUCCCGCCUGCAGACUCCUGCGGCACCGGUGCCGGUCAACCUUCCCAGCAUGGCCGCACAGGGAGGCGCCGUGACCACCACACCCUUCAACGCGGCACUGGGCACCGCCAACGCCGCUAACACCCUCGAGAAGCCCGGAUGGGGCAAGCUCUCCCCUCCCACCCGCAACUCCUCGCCCACUCCGGAGCUGCCCGGCCGGCUCACGGACCUGCUGCUGCCCAAAGGAGAGGGCAAGGAGGGCGAGCAGCGGCGCAGCGAGCCAUCCGAGAGCAGGGAGGGCGGUAGCGGCUCAUCCGUGUGGGCCGUCGGCGGGUUGGACCGGCCAUCCAGCUCAUUGUCACCACGUGAGCGCGACAAGGACCGGGGCGACGCUGCCAAGAAGAUGCAGCUGCGGCCAGGGGGCAACGCGUUCAGAGCGUGGGGCUCAUCAGCAUCGGCGGCCGCAGCAGACUCCAGCGGCAGGUCUGACGCGGCGCAGGCGGUCAACCUCCGCCCGGUGGAUUUCCCCUCCCUCUCUAACUCGUCGCAGGCGGGCAGCUCCAACGGCACGCCGCAGAAGUCAGCCGACAAACACCGGGGAGACUCCGAUCCCGAGACGGAAAGAGUGGUCACGCCAGUCAAGAACGGCCGAGAUGAGGAGGACAACGCGGGUGGACCGGGGCGGGGGAGUGAUGAUCGGAGCAAGAGGCAUCAUGUGGACGGUGAUGGUGCCGAUGGUGGGGAGGGCGACUCGCCCCAGCCACCACCACCACCACCACCACCCCCCGACGCGAGUGCGGCUGAGGUCGAGAGGAAGGAGAAGCCGCGUGUGGCGUGGGCUGACGUUGAGGAUGACGAGGAGAGCGCCGCCAUUUUUGAGCCGCCGCCCAGGCCAUCCACCAAGGCACCCGAGAAGAUCACUGAAGAACUCGUCGCUGACGCAUGGUGAGCACAGUGAGUGAGAUUGUAAAUCCUUCACCACACGCCAUGACCAUUUCUGUGCUUGUGUGUGCCCGCCCUGUCAGGUCUGUGGUUCGGGAGAGCAAGCCACCGCCCACCUGCAGCAGCCAUCCAUCCCGUCCUCUGCCCUCCACCUCUCUCGGCCUGUCCUUGCUGCCACCCUCUUCAUCGAUUGGCCAGAAGUGGGGCCGACACGCACAGCAGAACGCGGCCAACAGCAGCAGCAGCAGCGGUGCCGGACGCCCCGCUGACAGAGAGAGGGACCGGGGAGAGAGGGACAGCUACUGGGGCUCGGGAGACCGUGACAGAGAACGCGAUCGUGACCGUGAGGCGUCAGCGCCGCACCACGACCCCUCUCCCCAUUCAUUCCCGCCCCUCGACCAGGCCAUGGCCGGUGGCAACCACCCCCACCGCACCUUCUCCUCCCAGCAGCAGCAGCAGCAGCAAUACCAGCAACAACACCCACACGCACACCAACACAACAACAUGCAGGCGCCGCUGCUGCACCGGCCCCCUCUGAUGGAGAACCCCCCCUUCCACCAGUACGGCCAUCACCCGCAGCCUUUCUCGGGCGGCAAGGGGCUGAUGCCCUCGCCGCCCCCUCACAGCCACCAUCCCAUGGGUCAGAUGUACGGACCUGACGACGCGGCCGACGGCCCGUUCGCGGGCUUCCGCAGCUCACAUCGGGGCUGGCGGGGGCUCAUGCCGUCUCCACCAGCACAUCCUCACCCACAGCAGCAGCAGCAGCAGCAACAGCAGCAGCCACCGCCGCUGGUGGCCGGCCGUGCUGAUCGUGAUCGUGAUGUGGCGACGCCGGCAGGUGGUGUGGGGAGGGUUGAGGGCGAGAAGGAUCAGGACCGGCCGCCAGCGGCGCUCAACGAGCUUCGAUAUCAGAAGAAGAGCAUGGACGAGAUCGCCAGGGAGAGGCGGGAGGCCAGGCGGAAGGAGGAGGAAGAGCUGCAGGUGGGGUGGGGUGGCCACUGGCCGACAUGACAGACACUUUGUUGAUGGAUGGAUGGAUGGAUGUGUGCGUCUGAUCUCUCUCUCCCUUUGUCUGUGUCGCAUGCAGCGUCACCAGCGCGAGCGUGCCCAGGCCAAGCUGAUGGAGCUGGAGCGGCGCAUGAGCCAUAGAAGCCACACGACAGACCUGCAGCAACAACCACCACCGACAGACACCUCCCCCAAGGCCUCUGCGUCGGCGUCAGCCUCACCCCCCAUCUCCUCCUCACCCUCGCCCCCACCACCAGCAGACCACGAAGUGACAGCACCAGCACCAGCUCCAGUCCCAGUCCCAGCAACAGCAGCAGCUGCUGCUGCUGCUGCUCAGGAGUCCUCUCCGCGCUCGUCUGUGGUCGAUCGGUCGUCACCUCUCGAGUGGCGGAGGGCCGCCGACUUCGGUGGGGCGGCCGACGACCGUGCAUUGAUCCGGAGGGGCAGCAGCGGCAGUAGUAACGACCGGCUCGGCAGCGGGAGGGACAGGGGGGAACCGUUGAGCAUGCCUCCCCGGCGCGGCAGCACCAGCUUCCAGUCGCAUCACGCUGAAGACGACUGGUCCAAGCUGAGGCGCGUCGACGAGGACGAGAGGUCUCCGACUGCUCGGACCGCUGGCAAUCGCAUCAGGGCGGUGGUUGUGGAGGCGGAUGGAUCGCCAAGGGCCGCAGAUCAGAAGGCAGCGCCCAUGCCGACGCCGAAGGCGAUUGUGCGGAGAGAGGAGAGCAGGAAGCCUGAAGAACCGAAGGAGCCCAUCGCACCGCCGCCCAAGGCGCCCGAGAGCGCGCCUUCCGCCGCACCGGCUCCAGCUCCGGCUGCUGCUGCUGCUGCGGCGGCGGCGCCUGUGGUCAUCGCCAAGAAGGAGGCGGCUGUGCCCAAGGCCCCCAAGGCCCCGCCGACCAUUUUGCAAAAGUCUCCGCCGCCCCAGCCAUCGGUGUGGAAAGUGCCGGAGCGGCCUGCAGACGAUCAGCGGAACCCGUCGGCUGUUUUCCCCAUCACACCAUUCCCCCCUCUUCGCGAGGCCUCUUCGCCCUCCCCGCCCCCUCCACCCCCCAAGCAACAGGCGCCCCCGCCCAGCUCAGAGGCGCGCCAAGAUAGCCCGAGCAAUAAGAACGAUGUCACCGGUCCUCAGCCGUCCACUCGUCCAUCGGAGAAGCCGGCCCUCUUGCCCACGCCGAUCUCGGUUGACGCUCAGAGGGGCGCGGCAGCGGCAGCCGGCCCCGGGCCACGGGGGCGGCCCAACAACAAUCAGCACAGCCAGCAGGAGGCCAACCACCAGCAGGGCAGUACCACCCAGCAGCAGCAGGCCAACAACAGCCACAACAGGAGGGGCGUUGUGUCGUGGGUGGCGGUCCCGGCAGCGUCAAGGCCGAACACCGAGGGCCAGGGUCAGGGGCGUGCUGACGAGAGGGAGGGCGGGAAACACGAUGAGGAUGCGUCACCCGCCAGGUGAGUGAGAGAGACGGGCUGACAUCAGAGAGGGAGGCACACAUAGCUAUCUAUCCUGACAUAUAUGGCAUUCCUGUUGAUGAGUGCUGUGCCUCAGGCGUGGUUCGCGCGGCGGUCGGUCUCGUGGCGGUCGAGGCAGAGGGGCGCAAUCGCUCAGCAAGCGGGAGGACAACAAUGACACCAACACACAACACAGGCCGAAGCAGCCGCCACCCGCCGCAAACCCACCUCUCUCUGUUCACAACGAAGCCACAGGUCAGUCAGCAAGGCAAAGACACACAUGCCAGCGUGAUGUGAUGCACGCCGUCCCAUCUGCUGAGCUGUCUGCUCCUGCCUGUGUUUCUGUUUGUCUAUUCUUCAGACAACGAGCCCAAGGCGGGUGCUCAGGCCCGCUCAUCUCCAGAUGUCGUUAUGGCAGCGGCAGCGGUGGCGGCUCCUGCGGCGAGUUCCCCCAGCCAGCAGCAACAGCAGCCAGGCGGGCGGCAGAACCGCAGACAGAGGCGCGACAGCACCAAGACUCACCAACAGCACCCCAACAAGCCCGGCCACGCCCAUCCCCAUCACGGGCACACCCCGCCAGGCCAGAUUGUCACCCCAAGCGCGCCCAUCACAGUCGACAUCGAGCGCACCGGCGCCGCGCCGCCCCCAUCGCAGCCACCGCCCCCUCCCGCUGUGGCCAUUGCGCACCAGCCGGCCCUCCCCAUCACUCCGCAUAUGCCAGUGACGGUCCCGACGGCCUCUGCGCCGGCUGCGGCUGCUGCUGUCGCUGCUUCGCCUGUGGUCGUUGUCAAGGAGAGGCCGAAAGAGGAUAAUGCGCAGGCGGCAGGGGUGGCGUCCGCGACCCCCACCAAGCAGCGGUGGCAGAAGAAGGCCAGCGGGACAGACAACCAGCCGCCACCAAAGGCACCUGCCGUCAUGGAGCCCCCCAAGACACCUACGCCCACCGCACCGCAGCCAUCGCCAUCCCCAGCAGCAGCAGCGGCAGCGGGUGGAGCCAAUGCCAGCGCCAACCACCGCGAGCGUGGCAGAGGGCGAGACCGCGGCAAGAGAGCCGGUGGGGCUUCUGGCCACCAGCAAGCUCCACCCCAGCAGGAGGCAGCAGCCAAUGACAAUGACAAUCCCUCCUCUCCACCACCGCCCCCACCCGCCCCACCCGCUGGUCCCGAGGAGGGCACGAAGGAGGACGAGUCGGUCCCUGCACCCGCAGCGCUUGAAGCUACAGCCGCUGGGGCAGAAGCUGCAGCUGUAGGGGCGUCCAAUGAGCAGCCCGCUCAGCGCGAGGACAAGGGGAGGCGUCGGGGAGGCCGUGGCGGGCACAGAGACAGGGAGAGAGGCGGUGAAGGUCACAAGGAGGGCAGGCGGGAGAGAGACCGACGCGGCAGGGACAGGGACAGGGACAGGGACAGGGCGGCCAAAGGGAAUGGCAAGGCGUCGUGGCUGCAAGUCAACAACAACACCAACGUGUCGCCAGAGCAGCCCGCCGCACAGCAGCAGCCGGCGGAGCAGCCGACGGAGCCGUCCCCUGCUCCCCCACCACCAGCCGCAGCCGCAGCUGCACCACCAGCUGCGGCUGGUUCCUCCUCAGAUCAUCAUCCCCCAGCGAAGCCGCAGCCCCACUCCCCCGCCCCUCUCCACGUCACUGUUCACGUUCCCGCCCGGCCCGUGCAGCAGCAUCAGCAGCAGCAGCAGCCGAAGCAACCGGUGCCUUUCCAUGAGACCAACCCGCGGCCGCCUCCCUCGGUGCACGUGAGGCCCCAACAUCAGCACCGCCCGCCACACAGGCCGGUACACGCGGCUGCCCCAGCUGCGGUGAGUGCCUUCCCGCCCCCGAAGAUCCUGCCGGUGCCCGGCGCCAGGGUGCCCGUCCCUCCGAAGGUGCGUGUGGUGUGCGGGGGGAUGUGUUGUGUCUGCACAGUACAGUGGUCGUCCGGUGUCUCUCACUCACUUUGAUGUGGCCGUGUGUGUGUGUGUGUGUGUGUGUGUGUGCAGGGUGGUGAUGACAGAGACGCCUUCCCCAAGGCAAAGGCGGCAGGUACGGGACGGACGGGAGAGCGAUAAUCAAUGCUCUCACAUAUGUGUGCACAGAACAGCUCUCAUGUUGACGUCUGUGUGUGUGAUCGAUGGAUGCGUCGCUUGUCCAUCCAUCCAGCAGGUGUCCGCCCUCCUCAUGAAGGCCCUCCUGCAGGCGGCCCGAAGGCGCAGAGUCCCACAGCAGCCGCAGCAGCAGCUGCUGCUGCUGCGGCACCAUCGCCAGCCACGGAGGCCGCUGUGCGGUCCACCAUGCCAAAGGGACCGCCCCCUGCCGUGCGGUACGCCCGCACCCUCACACACACAGCACGCCCAGCACCCAAUCAAUGCACACGCGCUCGUGUGUGGUGUGUCAAUGCGUCAAUCGUGUGUGUCAGGUCUGGUCCGGCUCCAUCGCAUCAGCCACAUCCCCCGAAGGUGGAGUUCGGUGUGCGUCGGUCGGCCUCGCCCCCCACAGAGGCCGUCACGUUCGACCUGGGCCGGCGGCCACCGCUGCCCAAACAGGCCCCUGCGAAAGCACCACCAGAGGUGAGAGAGUGACGUGGCAUCAAGGCACGACAUCCAGUGGACUGGUUGUUGUCUCUUUCCUUAUCAGAUACGCCCUCCCCCGCGGGCAGCCCCGCCCACCCCUGCACCUGCCGCAGCUGCUGAGCAGGCAGCCACCUCCCCACAGCAGCAGCAGAAGCCGCCGCCGCAGCAGCAGCAGCAGGCGGCCGCCACUCACGUGCCACCGGUGCGGGCUGAGGGGCCUAACCAGCUGGCCAUCAACACGGCGAGAGGCCCGCACACCCAUUCGCAUGGCCAUGGGCAAGGAGCAGGCAAUGCGAUGAGUCUGGGGUCGCCCCCGCCGUUCAUCAAGCAGAUCUGGAGCAAACCUGAGGAGACCGAGGGCGGUGGUGCGCACGGCCAGCAUGGUGGUGGUCACGAGAGGAUGCAGAUCGGCCCCUUUGCCAACUCCAGUGGCGUGUUUGUGCCCUCGACGUCCGCGGCGGGCAGCCCGCCGGCCGUCAGACCUUUCGUCGGUGCCCGCAUGCCCAAUGGUCCGAGUGCGCCACCACCUGCGCGGCCCCCACCCCCCCACUCGAUGAACGGUACGCCUGCCCCCUACCCGCCGCCGCCACAGGACGCUCCACCGGCGAUCUUGAACGGAGCUGGCCCGGCACCGGCCUCUCUGACGCCCAACGAGUUUGUUUCGCGUCCCCCCCCUCCCCCACCGAAGCGACCGGUCUAUCGCCCCCGGUUGCCUGAUGCACCCGAUGUGCGGUCCGAGCGGUCCGGGGCGUCGCAGCAACAGCAGGGAGCUCAGGCGUCUAGAGGGGUGGAUCAUGCGCACGUGGGUGCGGACCAGCCGUCGGGGCUCAAGCACAUCGGCAAAGCCAGAGGCGGGGCGCGGUCACCUGUGCCGCGCAACGCUGCUGCACAUGGUGCUGCUGGUGUUGGUGGCCCGUACGGCCACCCCCACGGCCAGGCGUCGCCGUCUUACUACAUGUACCAGCAGGGGCCGUCCGGCGGUCAGUACAACCACUUUGCCGAGCAGCCAUCGCAUCAACAACAGCAGCAGCAGCAUCACCCCCACCCCGCGCAGCAGCAGCGGCAGCAGCACGGUGACAAGACCAGUCCUCCCCAGCAGCACCAGCACCAGCCGGCCCCACCGCCCGUGUACACUAACCACCACAGAGGGGGGGGCCCUGGGGCAUCAUACUAUGGGCCGUCUCCCCAUCCACCACAUCAGGCAGGCAGGGGCGGCGUCAACCACAACCACAGUCACAUGCGAGGAGGUGGCCAACACGGCGGGUCUGGGCCGGGGAGGGGGUACCGAGGGGGCAGCAGGGGAGGCGGCAACCAUCACUACCACAAUCACCAUCACCAGCACCACAACAACGCCUAUCUCCCGCAUCAGCAGAACACCGCUGCCGUGUGGGCCAAGAAGGCGUAGAGAUGGGGAUGGGCCAAGAAGGAGGGCGGGCGUUUCUUCUUCGUUUUAAACCAGGAUAACGUGCCAUGAAUGCCAUGAAUGCCGUCCGUGUCAGCCGUCAGUCAAUUGAAUGUGAGUGUCUUCCAACGUGUGUGAGUCUGUGUGUCGGGUGUCUGCGGCUUAAUUCGGACGGAGAGACGAAGGGAUGGAGGGAGGGAGGGAGGGAGGGAGGAGGUGUUCUUGCCACCACCUACCUGCUUGCUCCAAAGGUUUUGACGACCGACUGCCCGACUGCAUGAUCCACACGUACAUACACACACACUGUCUGUCUGUCUAGACUGACUGACUGACCUGGGUGUUCUGAUCCGCCUUGAUUAUUCAAUUCCACACACACAUCUCUGUAUGUGUGCGUGUCUGUAUUUCUAUCUUGUUACCUACCUACCUAUAGAUGCGCAAGACAAGCCCGAAUUUCCUGCCCAGCGGAACAAACAAGAGUGCUUUGAGUGAGUGUACACCGACUUCUUCGUUUCCUGAUGGAGAGGAAGGCCGUGGACAGAUGGACAGAUGGAUGGACAGAUGGAGCGAUGGAUGGAUGGGGAGCGAGGUAACGGGGAGACAGAGAGACCGACAGAGAUAGGCGGAGCAGACGAGCCGAAAUGGGAUGGGGGCAGACAGAGAUGGACAUGACAUGGCCGGCCGGCCGACACACAGACUGCGUGGCCCGGCCCACAUGCGAUCGAUCGAACCACCCAUCCCCAUCCGAUCCACCCACAGGGAAUGUCGGUGUGUGUGAGUUCGUAUUUUUUUGGGUGCUUGCAGCGUGAAUGAAUGAAUGGACGAAUGGAUGGAUGGAUGGACGACUGUGUGCCUUCUGCCUGUCUGUGUGGGUGCCGUGGGUAAUUUGCAGCGCCUGAUACCGGUGCAUGUGAUGGCCUGCCUGACUUUGACGUACUUGAUUGGGUGGUUGGAUGGCGCUGCAUGUGACUGAAUUCCAUGUGUGUCACGGAGUGUGUGUGGUGUGGUGUGGUGUGGUGUGAGAGACCUCCGCAUGAUAUUGCCUACAAUGCGACUGCC